CCUUUCAUAAACUAAUUUUUGAGAGAAACAAUUAUGUGUAAUCUACCCAAUAUAGAUCUACAUUUUUUUCCCCAAAAAUUAAAUUAUAUAUUUCUCUAAGUAUACUGUUUAAAAAGUUGAUGAUUUUUUUCCAAAUGAAAAUUUUUUAUUUCAAAAUAUAUGGUCAAUAUAACUCAUUUUUCUUAUUUUCCUAAUUGUUUUUAAAAUUGAAAUACAAUUCUAUUUGUUCAAAAACUACAGACUGUUUUCUUCGGUAAAGGACUACUUGCCGUUUUUAUUCAAUAACACGCACCACACUUUUUUAGACGUCACGCUGACGCACACCACCAUCCACACUCUCAGUCACUCGGAUUUCUCGACCACCACAACAAUUUGGAUCAUGGCGCUGAAGCAGAGGACUCGACGGAAGAUUCAAUCGCAGAAAUCGAUGACUCUCCCAAGAUUAGCGAACGCUCUUUGCGGAGAUUUUCGACACGUCAGUUGAUUAAGGCCACUGGCCGAGAGUACGCGACGAUCCACGAAACUCAAAAUCAAACCGUUCUUUCUCUUUGUAUAAGCGACAUGAAGCUGUCUCUUUCACUUGCUUUCAGUGCUCUCGUGCUGCUUGAAGUUUCCACGGUGGUCUUUGCUCAAGCCAGGUUGUCAAAUGAGACUGACAUGAAGGCUUUGCUUGAGUUCAAGUCUCAAGUUGCUGAAAACAAGAGAGAGGUCUUGGCCUCAUGGAACAACACUUCUCCACUCUGCGAUUGGGUUGGUGUUACAUGUGGCCGGAAACAAGAAAGAGUGAUAAGUCUGGACCUUGGAGGAUUCAAAUUGUCCGGUGCGAUCUCACCCUCCAUUGGUAAUCUCUCGUUUCUCAGAUUACUCAAUCUUGCAGACAACUCUUUUGGUGAUACCAUCCCUCGUGAGGUGGGGUUGCUGUUUAGGCUUCAGUACUUGAACAUGAGCCACAAUCUUCUUGAAGGAAGGAUUCCCACAAGUCUUCUUAACUGCUCUAGACUGUCGACCCUUGAUUUAUCGUCAAACCAUCUUGGACAUGGCGUCCCUUCGGAACUAGGUUCACUCUCUAAGCUUGCUGUUCUGAGUCUUGAUAGAAACAACCUUACCGGAAGGUUUCCUGCAUCUUUAGGAAACUUGACGUCACUGCGGAAGCUUGACUUUGCUUAUAACCUUAUGGAAGGAGAGAUUCCAGACGAUGUAGCUAGAUUGACUCAAGUGGUGUUUUUCCAAAUAUCAGAGAACAGUUUUUCAGGUGUUUUUCCUCCUGCGCUGUACAACAUCUCCUCGCUUGAAUAUCUAGCCCUAGCUGGUAACAGCUUCUCAGGUGAACUUAAAGCUGGUUUUGGCGAUCUUCUUCCAAAUCUAAGAGAGCUUAUUUUGGGAGUAAAUCGUUUCACCGGAGCUAUUCCCAUAACACUUGGCAAUAUCUCAAACCUUGAAAGGUUCCAUAUCUCAACUAAUAACCUGACAGGAAGUAUCCCUUCGAGUUUUGGAAAACUACGUAAUCUGCGGGAGCUAGGGAUUGGUUUAAACUCUCUGGGAACUAACUCGUUCAGUGAUCUUGAAUUUAUUGGGGCUUUGGCUAACUGCACCCAGUUAGCGUUCUUAGAUGCUGGCUACAACAGACUUCAAGGUGAGCUGCCUGCCUCCCUAGCCAAUCUGUCCACCAAACUGACUAGCCUGUCCCUUGGAGGAAAUCGCAUCUCUGGAACAAUUCCUCGUGACAUUGGGAAUCUCAUUAGCCUGCAAGAACUCGGUUUAGAAGCAAAUUUGUUGACAGGGGAACUUCCAGUGCUGGAUCUCUAUUCAAAUGGAAUAUCGGGGGAGCUACCAUCUUAUUUUGACAAGAUGACUCAGUUGCAUAAGAUCCAUCUGAACAGCAAUAGUUUCCACGGAAGAAUCCCUAAGAGUAUUGGACGUUGCCGAAACUUGCUAGACCUAUGGAUUGAUACGAAUAGGUUGAAUGGGACUAUACCUCGGGAGAUACUGCAAAUUCCAUCCCUUGCUUACAUAGAUUUGUCAAGCAAUCUCUUGUCCGGCACACUUCCGGAAGAAGUUGGAAAGUUAGAGCUUCUUGUUGGACUAGGUGUUAGCAACAACAAGUUAUCAGGACACAUCCCACAAACUCUAGGGGGUUGUCUCUCGAUGGAGUUUCUCUUUCUGCAAGGAAACUCGUUUGACGGAGCAUUUCCAGAUAUAAGUCGGUUGGUAAGCUUAGCAAAUGUUGACAUCUCCAACAACAAUCUCUCUGGCCACAUACCUCAAUAUCUGGCCAAUUUUACUGUGCUGCGGAAUCUGAAUCUCUCUAUGAAUAACUUCGAGGGAAGGGUGCCAACAACAGGAGUGUUUCGCAAUGCUACAGAGGUUUCUGUUUUUGGAAACAAAAAUCUAUGCGGCGGCAUCAGAGAAAUGCAGCUAAAGCCAUGCAUUGUGCACGCAUCACCAAGUCCGAGAAAGCCUCUGUCACUUCGAAAGAAAAUUGCCAGUGGUGUUGGUAUAGGUGUAGCCUCACUUUUGUUGAUAAUAUUUGUGGCUUCUCUGUGUUGGUUCAAGAAGAGGAGUAAGAAGAAGAAGAAGAAGAACGCAAGUGGAGAUGAUGAGGAAGGUGGAGGCGGAAGCAACGUCGUUGAUGAGUGGUUGAGACUGGUUUUGCAGGUGGGAAUAAGGUGUUCUGAAGAGUAUCCAAGGGAUAGGAUGGGAGUGGCUGAAGCUUUACGCGAAUUAAUCUCAGUCAGAUCCAAGUUCUUCAGUUCCAAGACGACUAAUACAGAGCUAAGUCCUCGGGAUGCAAUGCAAAGUUCUCCUCAGGAAUGGAUGCUAGAUGCGGACAUGCAUACAGUCGGU